AAAAGAACUAUUUACGACUGGAGAAAACUGUUUGGUUCAUGUUAAACUUUGGCCAGCACUUCAUUGUCUCUGAUGUCUAUCAUUUAAUAGGCUAGUUGACAUAAUGAAUGAGCCAGACCCACCUUCUGCCACUCUAGAAAGGCCCCAGCCUUAUCUGAAUUGAGAAGAACAUUAGAGCGCCUGAGCCAAUCAAAACACGGCUCUGUAGCAAAGUGCUGGCCAGAAAGAGGAAAAGCAGAGAACUUUUGUCUAUGUCUGAGUUUAAUGAAGUUGGCCUGGUCACUCGAGAAAGGAUUAAAGGAGGAUUUGGAGUCAGUGAGCUGUGACUGCUUGAAGAGGGAACUUUGAGUGUUUGGGUCACUGCGUGAGCGGGAUGGUCUCGGUUCAGGGCUGUUCCGGGAGGAACAUGGCUGGUUUCUCUCCCGCUUUGCCAGGUUUUGGGAGGUCAGGGAAGAGCUUUCUUAUUGACAAUUUGCUAAAACCUCAGAGGCGCUCGUUCCGUCCAGAAGGAGCGGAAGGCGGCCAUCUGAGGCGAGCGGCGUGUCAGCAUCUGAGAGGAGCCUGGGGUCACGAGCAUGGAGCUCAGCAAAGCCAUCAAGAGGUGACAGAAUUUGGGGAAUCUGUGCCACACACAGGUGUGCUGAGCGGCGUCCUCCUGCAGAACCCGCCGUAUCUGCUGGCGUGCUGCGGUGGGUCCAGCCCCCCUCCCAUCUUCUCCAAAAGAGCAAAUUAUCAGAUGUGGCCCGCCAACAUGAACCCUAAAUCACGAAAAGGAAUUUUGAGGAGAGCUGUCUUCUCUGAAGAGCAAAGGAAGGAGUUGGAAAGAACUUUCCGGAGGCAGAAGUACAUCAGCAAAACUGACAGGAACAAACUGGCAGCAGAUCUCAGCCUCAAGGAGUCACAGGUAAAGAUCUGGUUUCAAAACCGCAGAAUGAAGUGGAGAAACUGCAAGGAGAAAGAGCUGCACACAAACCGCUCCCCAAUGGAUGAGCUCAUGGCCAGAGGUCUCGCUGACGAGGAGGAAGAACUGUCACACAAUCACACCAGAGCACAAAUACAAAGCUCUCUGCCAAAGAAAGGGACCAAGGAUUUAUGAGAGGCAAAAGAGACUUGAUGCUAAAAUCAACAACAGAACGUGGAGAAAUGGAUGGGUGCGAUGUGUGUGAAAGUUUUCUGUUUUUGUAUGGUUUUAAAACCAGAUAAGAAGUAUUGUGCAAGUUGUAAUACAUUGCACAUUACUUCUUUUUGUUGUUUGAAAGUAAUCCCUUAUAAUAACACUAUCCUAGAAUUGAGAUCCGUUACACGACUCCUGUAUUACUUUUGAGUUAGAAAACCUAAUAUAAAGUCAGUAAAUGUAUUUCAAGGGUGGUAAUAUGACGGAAUAAUUACUAAUAAUAUUUUGGGUAAAGUUAAAGAUCCAGACAAAAAGUAAGGAAGACCAACCCGCAACGUUACUCCAUAAAUAUAUAUACUUUGAAAAAAUAGAAAGCAGAGACAAAACAGAAACAAUACUUAUUAGGAACACGAAAACCAAAUUGUUUGGGUGUAUGAAGCCUGAUGUGUAACUAGAUUAAAUUACUUUAAUUUGAAGUGAAUAAAAGUAAACUCAAGAUAACUGACAAUAAGCAAAAAAUAUAUUUAUUUUGUUUGAAUUUUUGUCUUUUGUUUUUUGUCUGUUGAGGUCUUGAUGCUUGAAACUAUUCUAUUUUGAUCAUAUAAACAGUACCAAUACUUCAUAUGAAUGCAUCACACUACUACAUUUACUUUUGAUUAUUUACUCCCCAAACCAAUGUGUGGACAUUACCAUAUAGAAAAAAUAGAAAAGCUGUUUUUCACAUCAAACUUCACAAUCAGCUUGAAAGUGAAAGCAAGACUUUUUAGAUGUAAAGUGGGUGAUUUAUUUUCUCAUUACAUGCACAUUGUAAGAGACAUGGGCUGUAUGGCUGUCAUUAGUGGUUUUUCAUGCUUUUUAAUGCAAAAGUUAACUUGUUUAAACAAUAGAAGUCCCUAAAACACAUUUAACACACGUAAACAGGCAGCAACUCCUACUCACUGUGUGCUGCCUUAUGGUCCUGUAAGCCAUGUGUUGGCUGUAACUCUAUUG